UCAGAAAACAUUUGAUGCACUUAAUAAAGUACAAAUGUUCAAAGCUUAAUCUAGAAAACAUACAACUUGACCGAAUGUUCACAUAAAAUUUGUAUAGAGAACUAAACAACACAUCUCCUUUUUUUCUUGCAGGCUUUGUCGUGUACCCGAAACUUCUGGAAAGCAGGGCAGACGAUGACCGUCUUAUUUUGCACGUUCAUCCUGGUCUGACUCUCACUCUCGAAAAGAGCUCUAUAUUGGCGAAGCAUUUACAUUUUGUCUCAUCAUUUGAACAUUCCACCGCAACACUCUUCAACAGAGAAGAGCUCGAACGAAACUUGUACGAAGAUACCACGCAUAUGUCAUCUCUCAUUGUGGACCGAGUACAGAGUGGCGUGCAAGUGUAUGGAAUUCUCAAUCAUCACCUCAAGAUCGUUCCACUUGAGGUGGUGAGCCGAUCAAGUGAUGGCGGCUCUGCACAUAGGAUCAGCGAAAUUCUACAUAAGUCAACAUACACGUCUGCUGAAAAUAACACAGAAGAUGCUGGAGAUCCCUACAAGCAGUACUGCGACCCUAUAAACAUUACAAGUAAAGGAGUGGAACGAGUUCCACCUGAUCUGUUUCGUGUGGAAGUAUGCAUUGUGGUGAGCCGAAACUACACAAGAGCCUUUAACACGACAGAGGAGCUUGUCCGGUACCUUGCUACCAUGCUUAAUGGGGUGAGUUGA